GGCGUGGUCCCACACUCCGCCCUGCCCCGCGGCCACGCCCCCAGUCCCUGCUCUAUUCUUGCAGUCGAAGCGCAGCAGCUGGAGGAGUUAGACGUGUCACCAGGUCAGCCAUGUCAUCUGAGCCUCCCCCGCCGCCGCCGCAGCCCCCCACGCAUCAGACUUCUGUAGGGUUACUGGAUACUCCUCGCACAAGGGAUCGCUCUCCAUCCCCGCUGCGGGGCAAUGUGGUCCCUAGCCCUCUGCCUACCCGCCGGACAAGGACCUUCUCAGCGACGGUGCGGGCUUCGCAGGGCCCUGUCUACAAAGGAGUCUGUAAAUGCUUCUGUCGGUCCAAGGGCCACGGCUUCAUCACCCCAUCUGAUGGUGGUCCUGAUAUCUUCCUGCACAUCUCUGAUGUGGAAGGGGAGUAUGUUCCGGUGGAAGGCGACGAGGUCACCUAUAAGAUGUGCUCUAUCCCGCCCAAGAAUGAGAAACUGCAGGCUGUAGAGGUGGUCAUCACCCACCUGGCACCAGGGACCAAGCAUGAGACCUGGUCCGGGCACGUCAUCAGCAACUAGGGACCUGCAAGAACCCUUCUCCUGGGCUUGAGGGAGACUUUGGGGGAAGGAGGAGCAGGGCCACCCUGGAUAUAACAUUCUACCACACAAAGAUGGGGGCCUCAAGGCGGGCAUGGCCCCUUUCAAGCAUUUCCUGGAGGGAAGGAGUUGCGGGCCACCAGUGCAGCCUCCAGCCAUUGCAACAAGCUCUCACUGUCUGAAAAGCAUUAAAAGCAUUUGAAAAGGAGAGGCACCUUCGGAGGCUGAGUGGAGAGGGUGCAGUCCCAGCCCAAGGCACCUGGGUAGGCCAAACAUGCUAUUUUCCCAAAUGCCCCCUUCAGAUCAAGCCCAUCCAGACUAUUCCUGGAACUAGAAACAGAAAUCCUCAGAUCUAUUUGGCCCGCUGAGGAAUGUCACCAGCCCUAUGAGACUUUCCAUGACCCAAUGCCCUAACUUGGGACCAAGUCAGUUCAGCUUCAGAACUGGCUUAUGUAUGUGGGGAGCUUCCCAGGGGACUCUGCCUCUUGGUGCCUUUGUAGCAGGUGUGUCUCUACUUUCUCGGAAAGACUCUAACCCUUAGGAGCUCUGCCCUAGUACAGUAGCCUGGGGCUGGGCACCGAUCCCACUCCAGAGAAGGCUGGUCUUUCCCACUUGCUGCUAGGGGAUAAGGCAGCCUCCAUGUGGCCUUAAGGCUAUCAUUAAAGUAGUGCUGAAGGUGGCUGUGGGGGUGGGGAAGAGACCUCUGCAGGAAGGCUCUAGAGGGGAGGAUAGUGCUUUAUUUAAAAACAGAAUCCAGGCUAGUGGUGCAUGCCUGUAAUCUCUGCUCUUAGCAGGCUGAAACAGCAUUCUAGGCCAGCCUAGGCUACAAUCAAUGUCUCAAAACAAGGGCUGGGGAUAUAGCUCAGUGGUAAUGAGUGCUGUAUUUAGCCCAGCGUGUGCAGGAGUCUCCGUUCCACUGCUAGCAUAAACCCUAGAUGUUGACACUGACCCACAGAAGAUAGGCAGCUUGCUUUUUGAUGGCCUUGUAAGGUUAGGAGUUGAAGGAGAAAUAAUAACUCUGAUUGGAAAUCAAAAGUAUAUUCUUUAAGACAGGCCUAAUAAAUGCCUAAGGAUCUUUUUUCCCCUCUUCCCAGUGCUUGGGGAGCCCAGAGCCCCGGAAAUGGAAACAGCACAGAGCUACAAUGAAGCCUCUGCUUUCUUUUCUGGGUGUGUGUGUGGGGUUGGGUGUGGGCAUGUGGAAUACAGGCUCCUGCUGCAAAGCCCAGGCUAGCCCCAAACUUAGAACCUUUCAUGCCUUGGCUUCCUACUUGCUGGGGUCACAGGUGUGCCUUAAUUCCCUGCUGACUUCCUUUUUAAUAGCUCAGACUCCCACAGAGCCCUCUGUUUGCCCCUGCCUGCCAACACUGGAGAUCUGUGCUUCAAAUGAACUGGUCCCUAGGCUUUUUGGUGGUUGGCUUUAGUGUGAUUCAAAAAUAGUAGUUGAGAACUCACUUGUCAGAACAGGGAUGCCAGUUCUACAGUGGCGGCUGGACUGAGGGCUGCAGCCAACCUAAAGGUACAAAGGCUGUGACUUUCAGACAUAAGGGUCAGUGACACAGCUUGGUUGGUAAAGUGUUUGAAGAAUGAGUUCAAUCCCCAGAAAAAGCUAGGUGUAGCGUUGCACAAUUAGGUAGUACCAGAUCUGGGGAAGCUGAGCCAGAGAACCUAUUCUUUUCUUCUAGCACCUAAGAAAUGAACGAAAACAGGUUGUCUCCUGGUUUCCACAUGCAUGGGAACACAAAAAAUAUGUGGAUACACUUGUUAGGCUCCCCACCGCUACCCAGUGUGACCAUCUUUGUUGUUGAGCUACUGAUGGGCUUUUUUUUUCCCUAGUCAAAGGUGGCCUUUCCCCCACACCAGGCUUGGCUUACCGCCCAGAGGCUCUCUUGGGGGCCAAGGAACAGAAGGACAAACCCACAUUUGCCAUGACCUAAGAAGGCUCCCUGAGACUGAACCUUCUGUCAUCUCGUUGUUCCUAAUGAUCAAUACAGCUUUGCUUUCACUGUGGUAUGGUUAGACUUUGUGUAGCACAUGGUUGACUCGCUAGUGAGCCCUGCCCCCCACCGAGCUGGCAGCCCAGUUCUGCUGGCAGGAUGGCCUCUGGAUUCUUCUGCCCCACAGAACCCUUUGUAAAGGGCUUUUCUUGUAUGGUCAAAUCACUUCACCCUGUAGACUUAUUCUGGAAAUGCAAGGAGUUGGAAAAGCCCCACUUUGUUCAGAGUGUCAAUUUAUAGAUGAGGAAGAACCCCAGCACCCAGUGCUGGAGACUGAACAGGAAAGAGACUAAACCCCCAAAUCUAGAUGUUUGAGCCCAUAAGCCAACUCUUUCUCAAUAAAGUUUGUUUUGUGCAAGAU